AUGCGGCCACGCAAGCGCAACCAAAACAGCUACAAGAAUGAAGAACGCAAGUUCUUCCUGAACAAGUUCAAAGCCACGCAUGGUGUGAGCGAGCGUCAAUUCUGCCGCGACAACAAACUGGCGUUCUCGACUUGGCAAGGAUGGAGAACCAACGAGGCCAAGAUUCUUGCAAGCAAGCGACACGGACGCUUGGCAACGUUGGGUGGUCAGGGCCUUCGAGAGCUCAUACCGUUCAAGAACGAACUUCUCGCGUUCAUGCGAGACCGCCGAGGCACCGAGCGAUAUGUCCGGGUGUUCCAUCUCAUGCGAUGGGUCAAGCGACACCACCGGCCGUGGCUGGUUGACUACCUGUCAACAAAAAAGAAUGAUGCUGUCGGGUACAACUCAUUCCGUACGCUGUUGUUGAGGUUUUCGUAUCGACACCGCUUCCGUCAUCGAGUCCCAUGCAAAAGCAAGCUCUCCCAACAAGUGCUUGACGACGUGUGGCUCGGAUACGCUGCGUCGUUCUGGAACAAGUACAGCGAGUACGACAAGAGCCAAAUUUUGAAUGUGGACGAGACAGCCCUCUUGUUCGUUCGCAAGUUGGUCGAUUGCGGCAUCCGUGACAAGCGCAAACGCUGCCGCCGCUCGAUCCUUGGGCAUCUUCGAAAACCGGCGUCCGUCCACGAGAGCACACACAUAGUCAUGAUGAAGGUGGAUGACGAUAGCGACUGUCGCGUUGUGGUGAAUUCGCGUCUCGCUAUGCUGUUGAUGCGUUCAGAUGGCGUGGAAGUUGCAGGUCCCAAGAUACCGAUCAACUUGUCGCCACCUUCUCCAGCCUAG